GUUAACUCGUGUCGUCAGUUUUCCCCUUUGAACUCAAGGAAAAGUAAACGUCAUUUCAUUUGUUUACACCUGUUGCAAUGGCGACCAUAACAGAACUGAAAUGCGCGUUAAGAGAGACCCUGGAGUCUCGAGGAGUCUUGGGGCAGUUGAAGGCUCGCAUCAGGGCUGAAGUGUUCAACGCGCUUGAUGACCAGAGCGAACCCCGUCCCGCGCUGUCGCACGAGAACUUGCUUAUAAACGAGCUCAUCCGCGAGUACCUGGAAUUCAACAAGUACAGAUACACAGCGUCGGUGUUGACCGCGGAAUCAGGCCAACCUGAAGUUCCACUGGACAGAGAGUUCAUGGCGAACGAGCUAAAGGUUGUGGAGGAUCCUAGUUCAAAAUCUGUGCCACUUCUCUAUGGCUUGCUGUCCCACUUCCUGAACAGCAGUGGUGACAGUGGACCGAAACUGUUCCUCAGGAGUUCGUCUGCUCCGAGUGGAACCAGAGAAGCCAACUCGCUCCCUGGAGCCUCUGACUUCUAACACAGCGGGUUGUCAUCGCUGCAGUGUGGAAGAAGACACAUUUUCUUCUGGAAAGGAAAUGGCCUGGACUUGUGAUGAAAGCCUUAGUGGUAUGUUGCCAAAUCAGGGAACAGACUGAGCUCCUUAUACAUUCCUUAAGUGUCUGUUUGCAAGUUGAUCGUCAUCAGUGAGCAGAGAUUUGCUUGUGUUUAAAGUUGGUUGACUUUAUCGAUCUGCUUUUGUUUUAUAGUCAAUUUUGACUUUCUUUUUUUGUACAAUAAUUGUAUGUGUAUGAAUGUAUUUAAGUCGUUAUAUAAAUAAAGUUGUUAUUGACACACUUUUAUAAUUUA